AGUGCUCGUGCACUUGAGGCGAUUGACACAUCGCAGAGAAAUCUAUAUCGCUGGACUUAUGCGGGGCGAUGUUUUGAUCACUGUCAUCUCAUCUGAGCGGCGCUGACCAUCGGCCAAACAGGCAAGCAAACAGAGAGGCUGAGGAAGGCAGACACCCUCAGGCAGUCAGGCAGUCAGCAGGGCAGACGAGAUGCAGAGAAACAAACAAACAAACAAAGAGAACGACGUUUGGAACUGCGGCUGUGUUUGCUUGGUGUGUUUGUCAGUGGUGGUGAGCUGUCAGGUUUUGAAGCGACUUAGUAGCGACAGCGCAGAUGGCUGACGGCGGAUUGAUGGACUUAGACAAACAUGACGGCCCGGCCGCCUCUGCUGCAGGUCACCACACCACCACCUCCACACACACUCGCCGGGUGUGAUUGACCGGCCUCACCUUUAUGUUGCUGGCGUGCUGUGCUGCAGGUGGGCAGGGCAGCGGGCCGAAUUGCGGCGGUAGCUGCUCUCGAGAUCUUCUGCAGAAGAUACGUUUGAUGCGUUCGGUAAGACGGGAGAGAGGAGAGAGGUCUACACAUCACAUGCAGCAAGGAGUGCCAUUCGUUGUGUUGUAUUGGCUUGCAGCUCGUGCCUCAGUUGGCGUCUGGUCUUGAGCGGGCAGAGAACAUCAUAGCCACACACACCGACAACGAAUCACAGGUCCGCACGGAAAUACCACACACACAGCCGAAAAACAGCGGCACUCACUCUUCUGUCUAUGGCCCGCAGGAUGGUGCAUCGCUGGCCGGCAGCCUGUCGUCCAUUCUGGACACCCUCACCGACGCCCACUCGGCCUUGACCGAGCAGCUGACACAGCCGUCGACUGACCACAUAACCCAUAAAACACAUGUACGACUGCGACGACAAGUGGAGGGCUCACACAGGCCGACUUAGACAGACAGACUUUCCCUGUCUGUCUGUCUGUCUGUGUCAGGGCAACUCGAACGACAUUGGGGCGUUGGUAUCUGAGGGGCUGGAUCGGACCGAUGAUGGCGCACAGCACAGCAAGGCGGUACACACAGACUCACAAACAAGCCGAACCACACAUAUGGGGGGACGACGUCACGGUAUGUGUUCAGGUGGCUGUUGGUGGCGGCAAGCGUGCACGUGUAGCUAUCGAAGCGGCUGCUGAAGGUACCCACACACACACAGACAGAUGGACGACGGCACGUAUCUGGUGUUGUGUGGUGCCUUCAGCUGGUUCGGUUGGCGUGUGUGUUGGUGCAGUAGCGACACAGCAGCAGGGCGCCAGCUCGAGGGUGACACACACGCACGCGAAAGCUUACAUGGCGAUCGCUGCUCUCACGUUUCUCAACCUGUAUGUCAGAAGGACCACGGCCGGCCGUGUCUGUCGGGUCUGCCUGCAGCCGUCAUGGGCCACAUGGGCUCCUUCCUCACAACGAUCGAUAACAUCGGCCGCCUCUCGCGCGUCAACAGGGAGACCCACAUGAAGGCCACCGACAAGACGUACGGCGUCUUUCGCAACUUCACCAUGACGCGUCGUGAGGAGGACACCUACCGCAAGCUCAAGACGCUGCAGAACUUGAAAGAUGAGGUCAGAUGAGAGUGGAGGGUCGUUUGGCGGAGCCGUGAUGUGUGAGCUUAUCGUCUAAUGCAGGCUAGGACCCACACGAGGGCCGUCGAGACGACGCUUGGCCUCUUCGGCAACUUCGCGGACGUCUCUGUGGUAGAUGACGCCUCCACAGUCAAGAAGAUGCCGCACACAGCGGUAAGAGACCUCACACGGAGACACAUUGAAGGACAGACAGACAGACAGACAGACAGAGGCUCUGUGUAUACGCAGCGCUCUGUCGAUGUGUGUGUGUGUGCAGGGCAAGAUCCAGGCGGCUCAUGUGGAGGCCAGAGAGGUGCCGCCUGUGGUGUCGGAGCUGCUGGAGGCCAACAAGGACAAGCUCAAGAAGAUCACCCUGGACGUCGAGUACUGCUACUUACGGAGGUCGGAUGCCGAGCCCAUCGUAUUCUCAUCCGUUACACACCUGGACGUCCGUCGCUCAGCAGGUCUUGAGUUCAUAAGGUAUACACAGAGGGGAGUCAGAGUUGACGCGACCGCGCAGUCAUUCUUGUCUUGGGUCGACGUCUGUUUGUCUGCAGUGCUCGUCGAUGGAAGUUCCCGGCAGUCACCACCCUCCGACUCGGUCGCAUCGGCAAUAGGGAUGCCGCCUCUUUGGUGCGUCUGCUCCGCGAAUCGCCCAAGAUCGAGUGGCUGGAGGCUGACCGCAUCACGUUCGACCGCACGCAAUUGACCAACUUCCGCGAUGCCCUCGCCCGCUGCCCCAACCUCACCGCCAUCAGCAGCUUCCGGGUCUGCUUCGAGCAGCUCGGCCACAUCAGCCAGCUCAAGGACACCCUCAGCCAGCACUGGAUCAAGUCGGACAAGAAAGGUACAGGACCGGCGCACCAAAGCACUUCAUUCAGGGGGCCGAGUGAUCUGUCUGUCUCACCCAUUGCAGAAGUGCCGAAGACGCUGGGCAUCGUGGUGGAGGGCAUUUCGUUGAUCGGUGUGGACUACGGGCGGGGGAAGGGGGCGGCCGACAUAGCGGGCGUCAGCGAAUGGGCGACGGACGUCAACUGCCAGAUUGUGUGCUGGCCAGUCUGCUUGGGCAAGCUGACCAUCGAUUGCGGCAGCAGCGAUGCCAUUGCCACUCCUGCGCCCGGCGGCCUCUACGGACAGAUCGCCACGCGGCUGGCGGCCAAUGCGACCGAUGUAGGGAACGCACAGACGGGAGGGAGGGAGGAACUGCAUCCGACUGGGCACCAUGUGUGUGUCUGCAUCUGCCCUGUGUGUAUGCAGGUUCAGUUAUGGCUUGGUGGCACUCCGCUGGACGAGUCGUGGCGUCACAAGCUCAUCUUCCACAAGGCCAAGAAGCUCACUAUCAACAUCAAGCGUGGCGCAAGCGCAGCAGAGGUGGUCGACAGCAUCCCCACAUGGCUGACCGAGAGGCAGGGAGAGUCGCAGGGGGCGACCAGCCGAUGCUUCCCCGCUGUCGAGCACCUGACGGUGUCCUCUUUCUCGCUGUCUUUGGCUGACGUGCGUGCCGCCAGCAGCAAGCUUAGCCCGCUUUUGUGCGGGCUGACGACACUCAAGCGCGUCGAGCUCUAUGGUGUGUCUAGCUUCGCUGCUGCACAUGAGCUUCUCUCUUUUCUCACUGUAGACAAGCUAGACUCACCUGUGAGCUUGUCUGUUACCUCACUGUAGGAAAGCUAGAUGGGGUCCGUGGGAUGGGCGUGUGGUGUGCGAGUGGCCGGCGGACGCCCCUACCAUAUGGGGUGUCCGCUGCGCUCUCAUCCACCAUCUGACCUCUCCACACCUAUGCAGCAAGGCAGGCGUGAGGGACUUCUUCGAGCUAGCUUCUGCUGUGCGGCCAGUGAGGGUCCGCUUGUUUGCUGAGUUGGUUGAUAGUGAGUUGACGGGGGACAGUCGCACCUCCAGACUGGCGGACCUCCGCUCGUUCAUGGAGGACUGCCUCAGGCAGGUCGCAACACACUACACAAUCGACUCAGAGGAUAGCAAGUGCGAGUGUGCCAAUCGGUAUUGGGGUGGGAGGUGACGCCCCACACUCAAAUUGAUGGCCAAGUGAGGCGCGGCAAGACAGACAAGCUAGGCUAUUCUUGUGUGGACAGCAUGCGCCACAUGGGGGGGUUGGAGAGGGGGAGAGGCGAGGGUCUGGCCUGCUUGUCGUCUUGAUUGAUGCAUCCUCGUCUGCGUGGCAUUGUGUGUGUGUGCCUCUGCCUAUCGACACUCUGCCGACUGUGAUGUCCAUGACUGUCCAUGCGGCGUUGCAUCGGUCGCUCUUGCCCGCUCUGUCUCUCUUGUCCUUCAUCCAUCGCCCCCCUCCUCUCGACUGACCAGCCGACUUUCCAGCAGCAGUGAGUGCAUCCAUUCACACACCCACUGUAUGUGUCGGUGGUCACCGGUCGAGUGAGGGCGGCUGAAGGCAAGGACGAGAGGAGAGCGGCACACAGUGAGCGGAAUGUCAUGGCCCUGACAUGGAUGAUGGAGUGGAUGCCGUGUGACUGCCAAGACACCGUGAUGAGUGAUGAUGAGACUACUUCUUAAGUGAUCGCUGCAUUCAGAGGUCUUUUCUCUAUCGGCCCAUCCC